AUGACUCGCACACAAAUCCGUAAAGUGGCGGUGAUUGGUGCCGGGAUCAGCGGUGUUGUUUCCGCGGGACACCUCCUGGCGGCCGGAUUUGAUGUCACAGUCUUCGAGAGGAAUAAGGUUGCCGGAGGAGUCUGGCUGUACGAUGAACGACAGCCGGUAGAGCCGCAAUAUCCUGCCACGAAGCCGUCGGAAACAGAUCGACCAGCGAAAGAUCGACACCGGAAGGAGACAUUCGUGCUCGAACAUGCGCCACCUGGUCCUUGUUAUGAGGGUUUAAGGAAUAACGUGCCCACGCCUUUGAUACGGGUGAAGCUCAAUGCGUGGCCAGAAGGAACUCCAGACUUUGUCAGCCACGAUGUAAUAAGAGACUAUAUUCAAGAUACAUCGCGGAAAGCCCGAGUUGAUGACGUCACAAUUUACGGAGCGCGAGUGAAAGACCUUCGCAAAAGUGGUGAUAGAUGGGAGGUUGUCUGGUCGACAGUUCACGAGAACGAGCAGUCGGACACGGUGGUCGAACUAGAGGAAAUUUCGAUAUUUGAUGCCAUUAUUGUUGCAUCUGGGCAUUAUCAUGCGCCUCGCAUCCCAGAUAUACCUGGCUUGUCGGAAGCGAAGAGCCAUUGGGCGUCUCGAAUUAUGCAUUCGAAGGGGUAUCGAAAGUCAGAAGGCUUCGAGAACAAGAAUGUCCUCCUCAUUGGUGGUGGAGUAUCAUCCGCGGAUAUCGCAAAGGAAAUUGGCCCCGUCGCCAAAACUGUCUACCAAAGCACAAGGAAUGGCGACUUCGAUCUUCCCGCGGGUUUGCUCCCUGAUAACGGGGUGAGGAUUGGCGAAAUAUCACACUUCGAGAUCGAGGGUAACAAGGGCACAAUUUCCGACGACGAGGCUUUACCUUUAACCAUACAUCUGAAGUCGGGCCAGAAAUUAUGCGGAAUCGAUAGGGUUAUCAUCUGCACCGGUUACCACAUCACGCUGCCUUUCCUGCGAGAUUACCACAGCGACCACACGCCUGCUGAACUUGCUGAUGAUAGGAUUCUGGUUACAGACGGAACUCAAGUGCAUAACCUACAUAAAGAUAUCUUCUAUAUUCCAGAUCCCACCCUAGCCUUUAUCGGGGUUCCCUACUACACGGCCACAUUUACUCUGUUCGAAUUCCAGGCGAUUGUGGCGACACAGGUCUUUGCUGGAAUUGCCAAGAUACCCCCUGAGGAUACUAUGAGGUUAGAGUACUUGGCCAAGAUCAAGGAUGUUGGCAGUGGGAAGAAGUUUCACUCGUUGAAAGAUAAGGAAGAAUUUUACGUGAGAGAUCUAUUUCAAUGGGUGAAUGAUGACAGGGCUACAUACGGGCUGAGUCCCUUGGAAGGACACUCUUCUAAAUGGCUUGAAGCCAAGGAAGAACAUAGAAAAAGGAUUGAAGGCCUGUUGCAGACCACAGGCCGGAGGGACAGUGGUGUCGGCGAGCUUCCGGUGCUGGCAACAGGCAAAAUGGCUCCAUCACCAGCCAUAGCAGAGGAACGAGCCGUUGAUGCAACAAGCGAUAUCGUGCAGAAAGCCCCGAAGCGCAAAUGGGUCAGUUAUAUCUGGGAUACAUUUGACAAGUCGCCCGAGGAGCGGAAGUUGAUGUUUAAAUUGGAUUCAGCGAUUUUGACGUUCGCUUCUCUUGGAUAUUUUAUCAAAUACCUGGAUCAAAUCAACAUCAACAAUGCUUUCGUCUCUGGGAUGAAGGAAGAUCUCGGGAUGUACGGCAACGAACUUAAUUAUAUGCAGGCUUGCUGGACGGUCGGCUAUGUCAUUGGGGAGAUUCCGAGUAAUAUUCUUCUUACGCGGAUUAGACCUAGAUAUUGGAUUCCGGCUAUGGAGUUACUCUGGACCGUGUUAACCUUCUCCAUGUCGCGAUGUCAUACUUCCACUCAGUUCUAUGUCCUGAGGUUCUUUAUCGGCCUUGCGGAAAGUACCUUCUACCCCGGAAUGCAGUAUAUCAUUGGUUCGUGGUACCGGAAAGAUGAGCUAGCGAAAAGGUCCUGUAUCUUCCAUACUAGCAGUGGUAUUGCGAGUAUGUUCUCGGGAUAUCUGAUGGCUGCGGUGUAUAACCUCGAGGGACGAGGCGGGUUCAGAGGAUGGCAGUGGCUGUUUAUUGUGGAUGGUAUCAUUUCGCUCCCGGUUGCGUUGAGCGGAUUCGUUAUUCUGCCUGAUGUGCCUGAGAUUUCGAAUCCGUGGUAUUUGACCAAGGAUGAAGUGGCACUGUCGCAGAAGCGAAUGCAGCUUGAAGGACGAAAGAAUCGGGAGCCGUAUACUAAAAGCAAGUUGAAGAAGAUCUUUACAUCUUGGCAUAUCUAUCUUCUCACAGUGCUGUAUAUAACAUUCAACAACGGUGCUGCUGGAUCUCAACCUGUUUUUCAACAAUGGCUCAAGGACUCAACAGACCCCAAGUACUCCGUCGGCCAGAUCAACGCCUACCCAACGACCACAGCCGCAGUCCAGGUAGUGACUACGCUUGCCUACGCCUGGUCCUCCGACACAUUCCUCAACGGAAGACGUUGGCCGCCCAUCAUCUUCGGCGCGGUAAUAAACAUAAUAUGCUACGUCUCCCUCGCAGUCUGGGACAUCCCCAACGGCUGGAAAUGGGCCUGCUAUAUUCUAGCCGGUGCCGGAUACGGUCUAAGUGGACUGUGCAUGGCCUGGGCCCAUGAAAUCUGCUCCGACGACAACGAAGAACGAUCCCUAGUAAUUGGCAGCAUGAAUGAAAUGGCCUACGUGUUUCAGGCCUGGUUACCCCAAGUCGUGUGGCAGCAGGUUGAUGCGCCGCAGUACCGGAAGGGCUUUAUCGCUGUUUCGAUUCUGUCGGUUAUAUUGAUUGGUACGACGUUGUGGAUUAGGGUGUUGGAUCUGAAGGAGAGGAGGGUUAAGGCUAAGACGCCACAGCCGGAGAGUGAGGAGAGUAGUAUUUCGGGGACGGAGAAUGGGGAACUUGGUCAGGAGGGGGCGGGGAAGAUUUGA